CCUUCGUCCUUACCAAAACGUCCAUUGCUUAAAACACCUAAACCCUAAAGUCAAUUAAUCAAACAUCCACGACGAAGCAUUGAUGAGCUAUGUUUACUUAUAGCUAAAAUAGACAGCGCGGGUCAAUUUAUUCCCAGAUGGAGAACUGGUUCAAGGAUGUGGGUAGACCUGCCCUGUUCGAUGCUUUAACUGGAGUCUGUAAUAGAAUUGAUAAUGAGCUUGACGAAGGGCUUAAAUCGUAUAGAGACGAAAACGCUCAGCUUUCUGCUGAGCUCGAAAACUUAAGGGCCAGGGUCUCUGAUGCAGAUCAAUUUAAGGAAGAGAACCUCGCUCUAAAGAGAGAACUUCAAACCCUUAAAAACAGCAGUCAUGCCAGCAUCUUGUCUAUAGACCAAUCUAAAACCCGCGAUGACGCUAGGAAUGGCCGAUCCCCUCUUACGCCUAAGUCUGUGAACCAAGUUUCGAAUCUUAAGCCAGCUACUAAAUUAGGCAAUCUUAACAUUGAUGGACUGGGCGGCACUGCGCUCAAGGAGGAGUAUCUUAAACUGAACGGGAACUACACGAAACUGCACGAGAAAUAUUUGGAGCUUGAGGAUGCUCAUGUGAAGUUGAAUCAGCGACUUCGAGAUAAGACGAAAGCCUACAAUCAGUGGAUGGAUCAUGCAAAUCAGUUGGAUGAACUGUGCAAGAAGCGUAGUCGGAUAAUAAAAAAGUUGGAAGCCAAGCUGGACGCGGCGGCAGCAGCAGCAUCUGGUCCGCUGGAUGGAAGCUUUUCGUCAGACACACCUGUUCCACCUACGAAUAAAGAUCAAGUGGCUGCUCGCGAAUCUAUUGAUUCCGACGUUCCUGGCCAGCCUAGGUCUACGAGGCCCGAUCCCUUGUUGAAGGAAACCCCGCUGAUAUGGCCGCCCACCAAUGUUGACGAAAAUGGAAGCGAUUCUCCUAGGAGAGUAUCCCCACUAGAACCGAUGCGAAUAAGGACGGCGUCACAGAUUAGUCCGGAGAAAAAUAUCACAACUGGCUCGGAAAGUUGCGUCAGUACCGUGGAUGGCGAAUCAUAUACAUUGCCACCUUUCCCGCAGCACCGAGAUACUAAUCCGAGGGAGGUGCUCAUUAAGACCGAGCCCUCUUCUGACCCCCCAGUUAUAAUAUCGGAGCGCUGUGUACGCAAGAGGAAACACGAUGAUGGUCAGACCGAAAAUGUCUCCAAGGUCAAGACAGAAGAUAGUUCCGAUCCGCUGAUUAUGGAUGAACGCCAGCACUUUAUGCCACACGAGAGCAUUGAUUUUGAUGCUGAGGGGGGUAGAGUGGUCACACCAAGGAAGCGUAAUAGGACAAGUCUUGAACUCGAAGACGUGUCCGAUUCGGGCUCUGUCGGAGUUCCUGGGUCGCACGCUAGCAAUAACCGGCUAAGCAGGUUAGAAGACCCUCCGGUACGCAAUACGACAAGCAAGAGGGCUCUUCAGUUUCUAUCGAAUGAGAACCUUGAUUACGCACAUGUUGGUAAUGAUGUAUUGGCGUCACGAUCCGGACUUUUUGGCCCUAUUGCAGCGGGUCAACAGAAACUAGGAGGGAACUACUUGACAAAGCAAAAGGGUCCGUCUUCUAUAAGAACCAGUCCAGCCAAUCUCGUAGAUGAUGACGCCCAAAACAAAACCCCGGGGACUAUUAAGAAGAGACCAAAAAUGGGUCUUCAAGCUCUUCUCAAUACUCCUUCGCCAGGCCAUGAGGCUACUAACCCAUCACCUAUUGUGCAGUCAGACUGUGCGCGUAUAUCGAGGCAAUUCGAGUUUCAAGCUCCGCAGAUACGUGAGCUGCCUUUUAGCAAGAACGAUCUGAGGAAGACAUCUAAGCUGCCUCAAUCUUACGAUACUCCAGAAGCAUCACGUGGCAAACGAACUCUCGAAAAUACGAACGCGAAGCGACCAUCUGACAACAGAGAAAAAGGCAGUACGACCGGCAGUACCCGGCCUUUGCGAGAGCGGCCCAAGUCUGAACUUAGUAUCGCUGACUUCAAAAUUAACCCGAAUUCUAAUGAAGGCUAUGACUAUGCCUUCACUGACGUUGUUCGAAAUAAGAAUGAACGAGCUAACCUAGAAGGAUGUGUCCAGGAGGGAUGCUGCGGCCAGACGUUUCGGCUACAAGCACGGGCCAAGCGUGAUCAGACAGGGCCGGUAGACUUUCAGAUUUUGUUAGAAAAACAUAUGGGUGAUGAAGCUUGGAAAUUGUCGACCAUGACUAAAGCCGAGAAGGAAGACGUAUGGCUUGAGGCUAAGACGCGAGAGCUUGCUAAUGAGCAUGGCAAACAUCGCCAUAGAUUCCAUCGUGCCGCAUCCCCAGUAGGUUUCUGGCGGGCGGAUUUCCCGAGCACCCAGGAGGAACAACGUGAUAGAGAAGAAGCGGCGAAGGCGACACGUCGAAUAAUUGAUGAAAGAUAUCGCGAGGCUAUGCGACCUGGCGGAAAAUGGGUUUUUAGAGACGAAUAAUAUCUGAUUUGCUGUUAGAGUUCAGAGAUUAUUUAGGGGCAACCCUAUAGCGCAUUUGAUUUUGUUGCUGGCAUGGAGCACACAUUUACGAGCAUAGAAAUUAGCAUAGCAUAGCAUAGCAUAGCAUAGCAU